AAUUUUUCAAAACUUCAAAACUAACAUGUGUUUAUUAAUGUUAUGGAUUUGUUAUAUGAAUACCGAAGUGUAAUACUAAAAUAAAUCUGUUUUACAAAAAUAAAUCAAUAUACAGAAUGUCGGCGUUAACUGAAGAGGAAUUGUUUUGUGACGCUGAAGAAGAGUGUCAAAUAAUUGAAAAGGUAAACAUAAAAUCUGAUGAAGAGUAUGCAGGAGAUGAUUACGAUGACGACUACGAAGAGGAUAUUGAUUAUAAUAGUGAAGAAGAGUAUUGGCAACAAAAUUCCAGCCAUUCUAAUCAACAGCAGUCAUCUGGCAAAGUCAGUAAUUACCAGCCAAGCGAAAAUUUAUUUAAAAAGUAUACCAAUAAAAUUAAUGUUGAUAAGUAUGAAGUGCAUGCUCUUCCUCAACACACUACAAACUUAUUAAUGGAAAAUCAAAAGCGUAUGGAGAAUGAAAGAAACCGUACAAAAGAUAAACAUGAUAGGGCAACAGCAGAACAAGUUAUGGAUCCCCGAACAAGAAUGAUCUUAUUUAAAUUAUUAAAUAGAAACCUAAUCUCAGAAAUAAAUGGAUGUAUAUCAACCGGUAAAGAAGCAAAUGUCUAUCAUGCAUCUUCUAAAACUGACCAAGACUUUGCAAUAAAAAUCUACAAAACUUCUAUCCUAGUGUUCAAGGAUAGAGAUAAAUAUGUUACAGGAGAGUUUAGGUUUCGUCAUGGUUAUUGCAAACAUAAUCCAAGAAAAAUGGUUAGGACUUGGGCUGAAAAAGAAAUGAGAAAUUUGGUUCGAAUGCAUUCCAAUGGUUUAAAUGUUCCAGAACCAAUUUUAUUAAGGUCACAUGUGCUGGUGAUGACUUUUAUUGGCAAAGAAGGUUGGCCAGCUCCAAAACUUAAAGAUGUUGAACUAAGUCAAUCAAAGGCCAGAGAAAUAUAUAGAGAAAUAAUAGUCAUAAUGUGGAAACUCUAUAAUAAAUGCAAAUUGGUCCAUGCUGAUUUAUCAGAAUUUAACAUGCUCUUCCACAAUGGGCAGAUAUUUGUAAUAGAUGUUUCUCAAUCAGUAGAACAUGACCAUCCACAUGCCUUGGAGUUUUUAAGAAAAGAUUGUACCAAUAUUACUGACUACUUCAGAAAAAGAGAAGUUGCUACCUUGGGAAUUAAAGAACUUUUUGAUUUUAUUACUGAUCCCAGUAUAACAGAAAACAAUAUGGAAGAAUGUUUAGACACAUUGGCUGAAAAGGCUGGUGAGAAAACAGAACUUACAUCAAAUGAACAGGUAGAUGAAGAAGUUUUUAAACAAGCAUAUAUUCCAAAACGUUUAACCGAAGUCAUCGACUUUGAAAGAGACAUAAAUCAAGCCAAAGCCGGCUUGGCUGAUAAUCUAGUAUAUAAAACAUUAGUAGGUCUUAAGUCUGAUCUUAGUGGUACAAUACAAACUCCCGAAAUACUAAAUAGCAAUGAAAAUCAAUCGGACAGCGGAGAAAAUAGUGAAUCAGGUUCGGAUUCUGACGAUUCUGAUGAUGAAAGUAAAUUUAAGGAUUGUUCGAGACCAAAACACGAAACUUUAGAAGAAAAAAAGUUUAGGAAAAAGGCAGUUAAAGAGGCUCAAGCGGAAAAACGGAAGACCAAGGUCAAAAAGCAUAUUAAAAAGAGGAAAGAGAAAGUUUCUUCUAAAAAAUAAUAACAAUUUUUUUUGUGAAAAAUAAUUAUUUAAUAAAGAUAUGUCUUGUUUAA